AAUCCACAAUGUGCAUGGAGAGUAAAGGUUGCACGUAUAGAAUUACAGAAGCUAAAAAUGGUGUUAUCCUCUUUCUUUAUAUCUUUACUCUUCUCUCAAGAAACAAAGGCAUUGCCAAUCAAGGAACGUAAGGCUGCAAAGAAUGUGGCCGAGCAUGUUGUUGAAAAUGAAAGUGAGGCUGCUAAGAAAAUGGCUAAGCAAAGUUUACACUUGAGUUGCAGAAGCAAAUGUGAUGAAAAGGGUCUAUUCGCCCAUGAAGAAGAAAAGCUUUCACAAAAAGACAAACAGGGGAGUAGCUCUGCACAAUUAUCGAGGCAAGUUACAAUGUCAGCCAUGAGUAUUCAAGAAGCAAAAAAGUGUCAGCAAAACACAAGCUUAAGAAAGGCAUGGAGUUGGGGGAGAUGGCAUUCAACAAAGACGGUGGAGUCAUCAACUAGUUCCCCGCUCACAUGGCUGCUGCCACCCGUGCCAUCCGCCAACGCCUCAAGCUCUCCGUCCUCAUCAUCAAAGUCUGAGAUUCCUGAAAUAUCAUUAUCCUCUGCUCAUAAAGAAUUGCAGCCUCAGCUCUCAGCCAAAAGCUUGCCACCGACUAUGGCUGGGCUCCGUUACUCAAGCUCGACAAUGAUGAGCUGCAAGCAUCUUGCUCGAGCACAAGCUGAAACAACUUGCUGGAGCACGAGAAGUCCAAGCUACAAAUUGCACAAGUCCGCGGUGCGAGAUGCUGAAGCACGAGCUGUGAAAUGCCGAGGUGCAAAAUGCAGGACCAUAAGCUGCAAGCUGCCGAGAUCAACCACUAGCUGCAGAGCUCAAACACUUGCUGUCAAGGUCAAGCACGAAGUGCAGAACUUGAGCACGAGCUGCAAAGUUCAAACACUUACAGUCGAGAGCUCAAACACUUACUGCCGAGGUCAGCCACGAGCUGUAGAGGCCAAGCACGAAGUGCAGAACUUGAACACAAGGUGCAGAGGUCGAGCAUGAACAUAAAGAUGUGCAGCACGG